AUGAGGCUGGGACUCGUCUGUGCUCUGCUUUCUCUCCUGACAGGGCACGGCGGGGCAGAUACCCGAGCAAUCGGGGCCGAGGAAUGCCGCCCCAACUCGCAGCCUUGGCAGGCCGGGCUCUUCUUCCUCACCCGCCUCUUCUGUGGAGCUUCCCUCAUCAGUGACCGUUGGCUGCUCACAGCUGCCCACUGCCGCAAGCGGUAUCUGUGGGUCCGCCUUGGGGAGCACCACCUCUGGAGAUGGGAGGGUCCAGAGCAACUGUUCCGGGUCACGGACUUCUUCCCCCACCCUGGGUUCAACAAGGACCUCAGAGCCCAUGACCAUAAUGAUGACAUCAUGCUGAUCCGUCUGCCCAGGAAGGCACAUCUGGGCCCUGCUGUGCAGCCCCUCAACCUCAGCCAGACCUGCGUCUCCCCAGGCACCCAGUGCCUCAUCUCAGGCUGGGGAGCCGUGUCCAGUCCUAAGGGUACAUACCCACUCACGCUACAGUGUGCCAACAUCAGCAUCCUGGAGCACAAACUCUGCCAUCGGGCAUAUCCGGGCCACAUCUCUGACAGUAUGCUCUGUGCCGGCCUUUGGGAGGGGGGCCGGGGUUCCUGCCAGGGUGACUCUGGAGGCCCUUUGGUUUGCGAAGGGACCCUGGCAGGUGUGGUGUCUGGGGGUGCCGAGCCCUGCUCCAGACCCCGUCGCCCCGCCGUGUACACCAGCGUAUGCCACUACGUGGACUGGAUCCGAAAGACCAUGGAGGACAACUGA